AUGACUCUUUAUGAGUUUUUGGGAGAAGGAAUGACAGCAAUAGGAACGACCGAUCUCGUAGUAACUCUGGGAGAUGAAUCACUAGUUGUUGCAAAUAUGCUUGAGUUGGUGGUAAUUGAUUGUCCAACUACCUACAACACAAUCUUGGGAAGACCAGUGCUGAUGGCAUUUGAAGCCAUAACUUUUGUUCGCCAUUUGGCCAUAAAUCCCCCCUCGUCCUCGGGAAUAUGCACGGACAUACUCCUAACACCUAAAGCAUCAGGACAUUUGUUGAAAUGGGCUUUCAAACUCAUUCAGUUCGAGAUAUUGUACAAGCCACAAACAAUAAUAAAGGGCCAAGCGCUCACCGAUUUUGUAGCCGAAUGUAUUGGGUUCCAAGACGAAUCUUUGAUGGAACCGGUACAAGAAUUAUGGAAACUCUUUAUUGAUAGAUCAUCCAAUGAUCAUGGAUCUGGAACUGGAAUAUUUCUAAUUACACUUGAAGGACAUCGUUCCCAUACGACUCUCAGAAUCAGUUUUCACGCUUCCAACAAUGAAGCGGAGUAUGAGGCUUUGUUGGCUGGAGUUCAGAUAGUAAUGAAGUUGAAAGAGAAAGUAAUUCAAUAUUUCAGUGAUUCUCAACACGUGGUUAAUAAAGUGUUAGGGGAAUAUCAAGCUUGA